GCAGAGGAGAUCCAGGACAGGCUUAAGCCCUCAAGGGUGUUCUCCUAAGGUGACAAAAGAGUGGGGGUGUGCCCAGUAACUUCUGAGGCCUCCAGGAAGAAUCUAUUCUCCUUGGCUCCAAGGAAGCGCAUGAUGGGUUUCUACCAUAUAUUUUAUUUCCCUUUGGGGCUCCUGCUCUGGUCCAUAUUACAGACAGCAUCAGCUCCAGCAACUCCUGACCCCGUCAUCUGCAGCAAUCAAGAGAAGCAGGUUAUGUUUAGCCACACCUACAAGAUUGAUGUACCGAAGUCCUCCCUGAUCCAGGUGGAGGCUGAUCCUGAACCACUCAGAGAUGAGGGGGGAACGCUGCUCCUCCCUGGGGAGGCCGGUGAAGAUCAGAAUAUCAUCUUCCGGCACAAUAUCCGCCUUCAGACCCCAAAGAGAGACUGCGAAUUGUCAGGCAGCCUCCAGGACCUGUUGGCCCGGGUGAAGAAGCUGGAGGAAGAGAUGGCAGAGAUGAAGGAGAAGUGUGGGACUCAGCAGUGCUGCCAGGGAGCCCCAGGCCUCAGCAACCUCUGCAGUGGGCAUGGAGUUUUCACCCAAGACAUUUGUGGGUGCAGGUGUGAUGAAGGCUGGGAAGGCCCUGACUGCUCCCGCCCCAGCUGUCCUGGGGGGUGCAGCGGCCAUGGGCGAUGUGUGGAUGGCCGAUGCGUUUGUGAUGAGCCCUACAUUGGGGAGGAUUGUGGCUACCUGCCCUGCCCUGAGAACUGCAGUGGGAAUGGAAUCUGUGUGAGGGGCGUUUGCCAUUGCCAUGAGGAUUUCACAUUGGAGGACUGCAGUGAGAAGAGAUGUCCCAAUGACUGCAGUGGCCAUGGCUUCUGUGACACAGGAGAGUGUUACUGUGAGGAGGGCUUCACCGGCCUGGACUGCUCCCAGGUUCCCACUCCCCAGAGUCUGCAGCUACUCAAAAGCACAGAGGACUCUCUGCUGGUGCAUUGGGAUCCAGAAGUGGAUGUAGACCAUUACCUGCUCAGCUACUAUCCCCUGGGGGUGGAUACUUCAAUGAAGCAGGUUAAAGUCCCCAAAGAUCAGCUAAGUUAUGACAUUCACAACCUGCAGCCCAGCACCAAGUACAUUAUCAACUUACGCAAUGUGAAAAAGGGGAUUUCCAGUAACCCACAGCAUCUGCUGGCCUCUACAGACGUGCCUGUGAAUGGCACUGCUUGGGUGACCGAUGAGACAGAGUACUCCCUGGAUGUGGAAUGGGAGAACCCGCCUGUGGAGGUGGAUUAUUACAAACUCAGGUAUGGCACCUUAGAAGGGCAGGAGGUGAAGGAGGUGACCGUGCCCAAGAGCAAUGACCCCAAGAGCAGAUAUGACAUCACAGGUUUGCAGCCUGGGACUGAUUACAAGAUCACUGUGAUACCCAUGAGAGGUGGGCUGGAAGGCAAACCAAUUUCCCUGAGUGGCAAAACUGGAAUUGACAGUCCCACCAAUGUGGUGACUGAUCGAGUGACAGAGGAUACGGCCACUGUCUCCUGGGAUCCUGUCCAGGCUGUCAUCGAUAGAUACGUGGUACGCUAUACCUCCACCGAAGGAGAUGUCAAGAUGACACCGGUGGGGAAGGAUAAGAGCAGCACCGUUCUGACGGGCUUGAAUCCGGGCAUGGAGUAUACUGUCCAUGUGUGGGCUGAGAAGGGGAGCCAAGAGAGUAAGAAAGCCAACACCAAGGCCUUAACAGAAAUUGACAGUCCAACCAAUCUGGUAACUGAUCGUGUAACUGAGGAUACAGCCACCAUCUCCUGGGACCCAGUUCAGGCCGACAUAGAUAGGUACCUGGUGAGCUAUACCUCUGCUGAUGGAGAGACCAUGGAGAUACCAGUGGGGAAGGAAAAGACCUCCACCAUCCUGACAGGCCUGAGGCCAGGCAUGGAUUAUACUGUCUACGUCUGGGCUGAGAAGGGGAACCAAGAAAGCAAGAAAGCCAACACCAAUGCCCCAACAGACAUGGUACGCUACACCUCAGCUGAUGGAGAGACCAAGGAGAUACCAGUGGGGAAGGACAAGACCACCACCACCCUGACAGGCCUGAGGCCAGGCAUGGAUUACGCUGUUUAUGUCUGGGCUGUGAAGGGAGACCGGGAGAGCAAGAAAGCCAAUACCAAAGCCCCAACAGAAAUUGAUGAUCCAAAGAACCUGAUAACUGAUCGAGUGACAGAGGACACAGCCACUAUAUCCUGGGACCCAGUUCAAGCUGUCAUAGACAGGUACAUGGUGCGCUAUACCUCAGCUGAUGGACAGACGAUGGAGAUACCAGUGGGGAAGGACAAGACCACUACCAUCCUGACAGGCCUGAGGCCAGGCAUGGAUUACGCUGUUCAUGUCUGGGCUGUGAAAGGAGACCGAGAGAGCAAGAAAGCCAACACUAAAGCCCCCACAGAGAUUGAUAGCCCCAGAAACUUAGUGACUAACCAAGUGACAGAGGAUACAGCCACUAUAUCCUGGGACCCUGUCCAGGCCGUCAUAGACAGGUACAUGGUGCGCUACACCUCAGCUGAUGGAGAAACCAAGCAGAUACCAGUGAGGAAAGACAAAACUACUACUAUUCUACCAGGCCUAAGGCCAGGCAUGGAGCACACUGUAUAUGUCUGGGCUGUGAAGAAAGAUCGAGAGAGCAAGAAAGCCAACACAAAAGCCCUAACAGACAUUGAUGAUCCCAAGAACUUGAUGGCUAACCAGGUGACAGAGAACACAGCGACUAUAUUCUGGGACCCAGUCCAGGCUGUCAUAGACAGAUACAUGGUGCGUUACACCUCAGCUGAUGGAGAGACUAAGGAGAUGCCAGUGGAGAACGACAAGACUGCCACCAUGCUGACAGGCCUGAAGCCAGGAAUGGACCACUCUAUUUAUGUCUGGGCUGUGAAGGGAGAUCGAGAAAGCAAGAAAGCCAACACCAAAGCAUUGACAGAUAUUGACCCUCCCAGAAACCUCCGUGCAUCUGAUGUAACCCAGUCUAGUGGUGUUGUGACCUGGAUGCCACCUUCUGCUCAAAUUGAUGGCUAUAUUCUAACUUACCAAGCUCCAGAUGGCACCAGCAAGGAGGUGAAGCUGGGACCUGGGGACCGGAGGUUUAAGCUGCAAGGCCUUGGGCUAGGAGUCAGGUAUGCAGUUUCUCUGGUAGCCUUUAAGGGUGGUCGCCGGAGCAGGAUAGUAUCUACUAACUUAUCCACAGUUGAGGCUCGUUUCCCCCACCCAAACGACUGCAGUCAGGUUCAACAGAAUGGAGACUUCGGCAGCGGCAUGUACACCAUCUACCUUCAUGGUGAUGUCAACCAGCCCAUGCAAGUAUACUGUGACAUGGACACUGACGGUGGCGGAUGGAUUGUGUUUCAGAGACGGAACACAGGGCAGCUGGACUUCUUCAAGCGUUGGAAGCACUAUGUGGAAGGUUUUGGCGAUCCCAUGAGGGAGUUCUGGUUUGGGCUUGAGAAGCUACACAAUCUUACCACUGGAACACCAGUUCCAUAUGAAGUGCGGAUAGACUUACAGACAGCAAAUGAGUCUGCCUAUGCGGUCUAUGAUUUUUUCCAAGUGGCCUCUAGCAAGGACAGAUACAAGCUGACAGUGGGGAAAUACAGAGGCACUGCAGGUGAUGCUCUCUCUUACCACAACGGAUGGAAAUUCACCACCUUUGACAGAGACAAUGAUAUUGCUCUCAGCAACUGUGCCCUGACACAUCAUGGCGGCUGGUGGUAUAAGAACUGCCACCUGGCAAACCCCAAUGGCCGAUACGGAGAAACCAAGCACAGUGAGGGGGUGAACUGGGAGCCAUGGAAAGGACAUGAAUUCUCCAUCCCUUAUGUGGAGUUGAAGAUCCGCCCUCAUGGUUUCAGUGGGAGGCAUGUGCCAGGGAGAAAGAAAAGGAUGUUGGCAGGGAAGAGAAUAAUCAACACAAGAUCCAACUGAGCAGAAGCCAGAAUGAGAAGAGAUUAGUUAAAACUGCAAAGAGUUUUGGAUGGGGGGUGGGUAGAUUACUCAUUGGCUGAACUUGAAUUAACAUCUGAGUGACUGUAUGGGGGAUGUACGUGAUCUCUCCUUUCUGUUAUCUUCAGAGACCCAAUCUCCAAGUACAUUCUGCCAGGCCCCAAGCCAUGGCCAUUCCCCUUUCCCCUCCAUCUUCACUGAUGCAACAUUAUCUAUACUUAGGAUUUAGAUUUUUUAAAAAGUGAUUGCAUAGCAUGUGAUGGGGAAAUUAAUACCAUACUGGCAAGGAUGCUCAACCUUACCCCGAUGAUGUUCUAGUGACAUGAGAUGGCUUGAGAAUUCUGUAAAAGACAUGUCAUCUAGCUCUUUACCAAUUGGAAAGCUCCAGAAACUGCUAUUUCUUGGAUUCCCUCAGUAUAUAUUUUGUAUGUAUUUGUAUGUGCAUUUGUCACCCCACUGAUGGAAUGUAAGCUCCUUGAGGGCAGGGAC